AAAAUAAGUCUCCCCUCAUACCUUUUACUAUGGAUGGAGGAAAAUCAGCGUUCAGGAUCAUGGAUGACAAGAUAUGAAUGAAAAGAAACCGCGCGCGCAGCAGCAGCAGCUCUUCACAAACUUUGGCUUUGAAAAGUUUCAGUCACAGGAGAGACGCGCUCCAGCCGCAGUCCGGAGGGACGAAACCCGCUGCUCGCUGACUUUCUGAGGAGGUCACACACAUUUGUAAUGGUUUAAUGACUUUGAACUGUGCCUCUUGCUGGAUGGCACAGGUGCAGUUAUUUUCACGGCCAGAGCGCGGGUCACUGGAGCAUUACGCAAAGUAUUACUUGAUCAUUUCUUGACAUUUUAGCGCACUUGGACACAGAAAUCCAAACAUCAUUUGGAGUAAUCGUCCUAAUCACAGAAUUCAAUUAGCGGAUUGACCAGGUAGACUUCAUUUUCGUGUGAAUUAAAGGGGUCGAGCCUGUUUAUGAGCCUGAAGUGCGUGCCACACACGCACAGUCGACAUGCAGCAACGUCUGACCGGAUUUCACGCUCCUCCUGAGGAAAGCUGAAAGACAGGAAGAAAAAAAAGACCUGUACGUGUUUGGAUGAGUUUGUAUGGUGGACAUUUCCACCACCUCAGGGGAGACCACUUUAUAAAAGUGGUUAAAGAAAAAAGAAGCGAACUGACGCUCGGAUCUGGUUUGAUCAAUGGAGUUGCGUAAAUACCUGCUGUUGGUGGAGUUCGUCCUUUUUCUCAAAGGACUGUGCCAGUGCUUCAAUAUAGACGUAAAGCAUCCGCGCAUCUUCACCGGUCCAGAAGACGCUCUGUUUGGUUUCUCCGUCUUACAGCAUGAGGCGGGCGGGGAGAAAUCGAUGCUGGUCGGCGCUCCCUGGGACGGGCCGCCCAACAACAGGAAAGGAGACGUGUACAAAUGCAUCGUGGGCGAGGAGAAGAACUCCAACUGCAGCAAAGUGAAUCUAGGUGAGAUGGCGCUCCAGAAUGUUUCCAAGAACUUGAGGAAUUCCCACCUGGGAAUGACUCUCACUCCGGAUUCACCCGACGGCUUCCUGGCGUGUGCCCCGCUAUGGUCACAGGAGUGCGGUACGUCGAUGUUCAGCACCGGCAUCUGCGCCUCAGUCAGCGACGACCUCGAACCAAGAGAGACCAUCGCUCCAACGGCACAAAGGUGCUCCACGUACAUGGACAUCGUGAUCGUGCUGGAUGGCUCCAACAGUAUCUACCCCUGGUACGAGGUUCAGAACUUCCUCAGCAACAUCCUCAGCAAGUUCCACAUCAGCUCGGACCAGAUGCAGGUUGGCAUACUCCAGUACGGUGAAGUCGCAGUUCACGAGUGGUCUCUGAAAGACUACCAGACCACACAGGAGGUGGUGGAGGCCGCCAAGAACAUCAGCCGCCAGGAGGGCCGGGAGACUCGCACCGCAUACGCCAUCCACAUGGCCUGCACAGAGGCCUUUAGCGCCGAGCGGGGAGCGAGAGAUGGAGCCACCAAGGUGAUGAUUGUCGUGACAGACGGGGAGUCGCAUGACGGGGAGGAGCUGCCGGACGCCCUGGAGGAGUGCGAGCACAGAAACAUCACCAGAUACGCCAUUGCUGUUCUGGGCCACUACAUCCGAAGACAGCAGGACCCCGAAACAUUCAUCAGUGAGAUCAAGUAUAUCGCCAGCGACCCCGAUGAUAAAUACUUCUUCAAUGUGACCGAUGAAGCUGCGCUCAACGACAUCGUGGACGCUCUGGGAGACCGCAUCUUCACUCUGGAAGGCACCCUGGGCUACAACCAGAGCUCCUUCCACAUGGAGAUGUCUCAGAUCGGCUUCUCCACGCACACGCUGGAGGACGGCAUUCUGUUCGGGAUGGUGGGUGCGUACGACUGGGAUGGCGGAGUCUUGAAGGAAGGGAUCAAAGGACCAAUCAUGCCACCCAGAGAGGCCUUCGAGAGCGAGUUUCCGCUGGAGCUCAAAAAUCACGCCGCUUAUCUAGGCUACACUGUUUCAUCUGUGAUGGUCGGUGACUGGAGGACGCUGUACGUCGCCGGGGCUCCUCGGUUCAAACACAAAGGCAAAGUCAUCCUGUUUGAGCUGAGUGACGAUGGAGACGUCAACAUAGUUCAAGCGCUGAACGGAGAACAGAUCGGCUCUUACUAUGGCAGCGAGGUGUGUGGGCUGGAUAUCGACCAGGACGGCAUCACCGACGUCCUUCUGGUCGCCGCUCCGAUGUACCUCGGCUCAGGAAACAAGGAGGCUGGAAAAGUCUACAUCUACACCCUCAGUGGGGAGGAGGUGUUUGUGUCCAAUGGUACACUGAAAUCAGAGGAGAAAUCCCAGGAUGCCAGGUUUGGUUAUGCUCUGGCAGCUGCUCCGGAUCUGAACCAUGACGGCUUCACCGACCUGCUGGUGGGAGCCCCGCUGGAGGACGAACACCGGGGGGCCAUCUAUGUGUUCCAUGGUGACGGCAUCUACAUUACCCACAGUUACAAACAGCGUAUACCGGGGUCAACAGUCUCCCCCUCCCUGCAGUAUUUUGGCCGCAGUCUGAGCGCCCGGUUGGACUUGGAUGGAGAUGGCCUGUUAGAUUUGGCAGUGGGAGCACAAGGAAGCGCGGUGCUGCUCAGUUCCCGAAGCAUCGUCCAGAUCAACGUGACUCUGUCCUUCCAGCCGCACUCCAUCAACGUCAUUCAGAAGACCUGCCAGAGGGGAGGCAGAGACUCCGCCUGUCUGAACGCCACCGCCUGCUUCACGGUCGUCUCCCGCUCCCCCGGACCUCACAGCAGCAGCUUCGAUUUGUGGGUGUCGGCCAUGUUGGAUGACAGGAAGCUGUCCGCGCGAGCGCUGUUCGAUGACAGCUCACACAGACAGACCCAGCUGACACUUCCCGUCCAGACGGGAAAGACUCGCUGCUACAAUCUGCCUUUCCAUGUCUACGACACAGCAGAUUACAUCCGUCCCAUCAGCUUCUCACUGCGGUUUAAGAUCAACAACACAGAGAGCGGGCCGGUGCUAGACGAGGGCUGGCCCACCACGGUCAAGAAAUCAAUCCCUUUCUUCAAAGACUGUGGCGAGGACGAUGUUUGCACCACAGACCUGGUGCUGCAGGCUCACAUGGACGUCUCUGGAACCAGGUACAAACCAUCCGACCUGUUCUUCAACCCUUUACAUGUCGUCGGUUGUUCGGUGCUGCUGAGCUCUCUUUGUGUUUUUCUCCACAGACAGAAGCCUUAUGUGAUUCGCAGCCCUCGUAGGCGUCUGGCGGUGGAGGUGCAGCUCCAGAACAGACUGGAAAACGCCUACAACACAAGCCUGACGCUGCACUACUCACGCAACCUCCACUUCUCCAGCCUGAGCAUUCGGGAGGAUGCCCACUUCAAGAUCGAGUGCACGGCGCUGGGCUCCAACAGCCACUCGUGUAACGUCAGCUACCCGGUGUUUCGCUCUCAGUCGAAGGUGAACUUCAUGCUGGAGUUUGAGUUCAGCUGCACGUCUUUGCACAGUCGAGUGCAAAUGAAGCUGAACGCUGCCAGUGACAGUGUUGAGCGAGAGGAGACUUUGGGGGACAACAGUGUGCAGCUGCAGAGCUUCGUUCAGUAUGAACCAGAUCUGUUUGUCAGCAGCGAUUCUAAUCUGAACCGUUACGAGGUCCACCCGACGCGGACAGUGUCAGAAGCAAUCGGACCAGAGUUUCACACACACCUCAGGUUGCAGAAUCUGGGCUGCUACUCUGUGAGUAACCUGGAGCUGCGGCUGCAUCUUCCUGCCGUGGCUGCAGGAGACCGAGUCUUCAUGACCGUCACCGAAGUCUUCUCCUACAACGCCACAGGAGUGAACUGCAGCAUCGUGAGUGAUCCCGUCCAGCUGAAGGCCAAGCAGAGGGAUGUGCGGCCGCUCCACCCGGAGGACAUGCAGCAGAAUGACGUGCUGAACUGCAGCAGGUCCUGGUGCAUCGAGAUCGUGUGUGAAGUCCAGCAGCUCCUGAGAGGCCAGGCCGCCGUCGUCCGCGUCAGCCGCAGGGUCCACGACGACUUUUUCAGACAAGCCAAAUAUAAGUCAGUGAAGAUAAUAGGCGCCUAUCGCCUGGCGGCCCAGGAGACUAACCUCAUCACUCUGGGAUCAGCAACAGUCUGGAGGGAGACGGUUCUGGAGGUGCUGAAGGGCCGAGCUAUUCCCAUCUCGCUCUGGAUCCUGAUUGGCAGCAUCAUAGGAGGUUUACUGCUUCUAGCCCUCAUUAUAUUUAUACUAUGGAAGCUUGGAUUCUUCACACGUAAACACAGAGGAGAGGACGAAAACCACGAGGACUGAGCAACACUUUCACUGCCGUGACAGCAGUGCUUCAUCACCAUGAGUGGAGUCGGCCUCCUACCGCGCACAGAGGCCGUCCGGGGACGGGACUCCAGACGCAGAUUCAACAGGACGCUCCGGACCAAAGCCAGCAUCUCCAGGGUCCAACAGAAAUGCACUGCCCACUAUUUCCAGGGUCGGGGGCACUUAUGUAAAUAAUCUUUUUUUUUUUUUUUUUAAGGAAAUUGUAUUAAACCACAGGCUCUUCUAUUUAACUUACAGGCAUUUUCAUGGUUUUAUAAUUCAAUCACUUGUUCCUACAGUUUUUUUUUUUGUUUGUUCUUUAAUGUAAUUAAAACAUUUU